AUGUUCUCCUCAACGACAGUUAGUCUUUUACUUGUGGCGGUGGUUUUUGUAUCGCAUACGCAUAGCAAUCCCAUAUCGGACGAUGAAUGUCAAGCUCAGUUUUAUCCCAACGAUGAGUGUGGAGGAUCGAUAUCAACACCUAUACAAUGCGUAUCAAAAAAACUCAACUUGGCUGAUACAGAGAUUUCAUCAUGUACAUCUGUCGGCUUAUUCUGGUCUUAUCCAACUAACAAUUUCACAUUAACAAUUGAAACACCAUUCACAAAAGCGCAACAAGCAUACAAGCUUGAAAUCGACAAUGAACAAUUGAGAGCGUCCGUUUUACAUGUUUAUCGAAUUGUCGAUGGUCAAGAAACAGAAAUCACUACUGAUGAUAAGAAACUUAUUCAAAAUUCGGAUAAAAAUUUUCAAGUAGUUCUCAAAUUGCAGAGCUUUCCGGCCAUAUUCUCUUAUGGUGUCUUUAUCAAUUACAAGGUUACUGCUCUGUAA